CGCCCGAAAGGAAAUCUGGUCUCUUUCUUCUCGUCGGGAGAACAAACUACAAAGUGGGAGUGGAAAAAGCAAGAAGACGAGAGAUGACUAGCGAGGAUGGGCGUGAAUCGAAAGGGCCGGAGACGAAGCAGACGCAUCGGCUGGAGAGGAAGUGGACGUUUUGGUUCGAUAACCAGUCGAAGUCCAAGCAGGGUGCCGCUUGGGGAACCUCUCUUCGCAAAGUCUACACCUUCGACACCGUCGAAGAGUUCUGGUGCUUGUAUGAUCAGAUAUUUCGGCCUAGCAAGUUGCCGGCAAAUGCCGAUUUGCAUCUGUUCAAAACUGGGGUCGAGCCUAAAUGGGAAGAUCCAGAAUGUGCCAAUGGAGGCAAGUGGACUGUUACCAGCAGCAGAAAGGCCAACCUUGACACCAUGUGGCUUGAAACUUUGAUGGCUCUAAUUGGAGAGCAAUUCGAUGAAAGUGAUGAGAUCUGUGGUGUUGUUGCAAGUGUUCGCCAGAGACAGGAUAAACUUGCAUUGUGGACUAAGACAUCAACCAAUGAAGCAGCUCAGAUGAGCAUUGGAAGGAAGUGGAAGGAAAUAAUUGAUGUUACUGAUAAAAUCACAUACAGCUUCCAUGAUGAUUCCAGGAGGGACAAAUCAAUCAGAGGCCGAUACAAUGUGUGAAAACUCUUGGGCUACAUGAAAAUUAUACCCCAACAGGCCAGCCUCGCUUUUGUGAAACUGCAAUGAGAAACUUGAUAGCAUUUUUAUUUUGUCUAUUUCUUCAAGUGGAAACAUCAAGUGCUUGAAAUGUAAAACUUGGAUGCACUUAAUUAGUGUAAUGGAUUGAUAUUUAUUCGACUUAAUAUUUGCCAAGUUUUUUAUUAAGUGCUGUUAUUUGUCAA